AUGAUGCUUACUCUAUUGAUAUCUGGGCCAAAACAACCCGGAAAUAACAUUGAUGUGUACUUGGAACCUCUUAUUGAUGAUUUGAACAUCCUAUGGGAACAAGGUGUGGAAGUGUUCGACUCUUAUCAUAAGGAAAAGUUCACUCUAAGAGCAAUGUUGUUUUGUACUAUCCAAGAUUAUCCAGCUUAUGGUAAUCUUUCGGGAUAUACAACGAAAGGAAAGGCUGCUUGUCCUAUAUGUGAGGACGGUUUGGAGGGAAUGUGGUUAACAGCAUCUGGAAAGAAUGUUUUCAAUGAUAAUCGUCAAUUUCUACCUUGUAAUCAUCAUUAUCGUAAGUUGAAAAAAACAUUUAAUGGCAAACAAUGUUUUUUGGGACGUCCUAAGAUUAAGAGUGGUGAGGAGGUGCUUCAAAAGAUUAAGGAUAUCCAUAUUACAUUUGGUAUGAAAAAUAAAAAGAAUCCUCUUCCUAAACAGGGAUACAAGAAGUGUCCAUAUUUUUGGCGCCUACCUUAUUGGAGAUUCCUCUUUGUCCGGCAUUCACUAGAUGUGAUGCAUAUCGAGAAGAAUGUAUGUGAUAGUUUGAUUAGUACAUUAUUGAAUGUCCCGGGGAAGACAAAAGACGGUGUUAAAGCUCGAGAUGAUUUGAAGGCAAUGGGGAUUAGAAGGGAACUACAUGUUGUUGAUGAUGGAACUCGGAAAUACUUACCUCCUGCAGCGUAUACGUUGUCAAGAAAAGAUAAGGAGUUUUGUGAGUGUUUAGCGGGUGUCAAAGUGCCAGAGGGUUAUUCGUCCAAUAUUCGGAACCUGGUGUCGAUGGAAACUCUGAAACUUGUGGGCCUUAAGUCCCAUGAUUGCCAUAUUUUGAUGCAGUAUUUGUUACCUGUGACUAUUCGUUCAAUUCUGCCUAAAAAAGUUAGAUACGCCAUUAUUAGACUGUGUCAUUUCUUCAAUGCGAUAUAUAGCAAAGUUAUUGACCCAGAAGAGUUGAGUGCGUUGGAGAAUGAUAUUGUUGUCGUGUUGUGCCAAUUGGAAAUGUACUUUCCUCCAUCAUUUUUCGACGUUAUGGUUCAUUUAACGAUUCACCUGGUGAGAGAGGUCAGAUUUUGUGGUCCAGUGUAUUUGAGAAAUCAAUAUCCCUUUGAAAGGCAAAUGAAAACAUAUAAGGGGUAUGUGAAAAAUCACCGUCGUCCGGAAGGUUGUAUCGCGGAGCGGGUUUUUUAUGAGAAUGCUAUAGAGUUUUGUGGACGUUUUGUGGGAUUGACAAAGACGAUAGGGCUCCCUACAUCUCGACAUAGUGCAAGAUUGGACGGAAAGGGGACCAUAGGUCAUAAACAACGUGACAUGUCUCAUGAUUCAUGGAACAUGGCACACACUUAUAUUCUUCAUAAUGAGUCAAAAGUCAUACCGUAUGUCAAACGCCACAUGUCUUAUUUAAGGGAACAACUCCCAAGAGUUAAUGCACAAAAGUUCCUUAACUGA